AUGUCACUUUUGGCACGACCAAGUGUUAUUUUUGCUAUUGUAUUCGGUUGUUUUGCCGUCUUAAUACCGCGGAUAUUUCUUCCUCUAUUACGAUCAAAACCCUCCACGCCUGUGCAUAAUUUUGAUGACCAUUUUCAACGACCUCCGGCACAUGUCUCUCGCAACGAGCGUGGUGACACCGUGGAACAUAUUUCCGGUACACCACCGCAUAUGCGUGGCGCACAUCCAAGCAUGAGAAUGCAUCAUCCUGGCGCGAAUAAUCCUCAGCAAGGAUCAUCGGAUCACGGCAGCUCAAAAUCGAUUGUUACUCUUGCUCUACCAAUGUACACCGUUGGUAUUGGAGUUUUCUUUGUAUACACUUGUUGUAAAUACUGGUCGAGGAAAAAUGGCGAUGAUGAUAAAGGAAACAGCAAUGACUGUCGAUGGAAACGAGAAAAACGAAAGUUAGGGAACGAUUUGUUGGAGAAGGACAGUGAAGAUGAUGAAGAUAAUAGACAAGAUUUAUAUGCUGGCUUAGAUUCAGAUUACAUUGAGUAUUUGAAAGCAAAAAAGCAAAAAGCACUCGAUGCCGAACAAGCUAUGACCGAAGAACAGAAACGAAUGCACUACGCUCUUGAAGAAAUGAAGAAAUCUUUAUCUUACAUUAGCUCGAAAUUAGUCACUAAAGAAAGCCGCAAUAAUCUACAUGGAAAUGAAAUUGUUCAAUUACAAGAGCGUCUUAUGUCAACUGAAGCUCAAAUGUGUAAGAUUUUAUCAGCGCUCGAUACAGCAUCGGAAAAAGUCAGUAAACUAUCUCGAACUAUAAAGGAAUCACCGAAAGUUGAGAAAGAGCAGGAAGAAGAGCAAAAACAAGAAUCAGAUGAACUUCAUGAGGAAGAAAGUCUAUCUUCAUCCGAUGAAGAUGAAAAACAAUCCGAUCAAUGUCAUCGCUCAUCGGAAUCCCUCAGUAGCAAUAAUUCAGCUGACGAAGAAGAGCAAGAUCAAACAGCACCGGAAGAACAGAAUCAUUUAAUCAGACGAAAACCUCAUUGA